AAGAAAAAAAAUAAAUAUUUUUUUAUAUAAUAAAAUUAAAUGUCAUUGAAUCUUCUUGGGCAAAGGGUCGUUAAGAUUAUGCAAAAUAUAAUCUGCGAGAUGAAGAUAACGUUAUUCUAUUAUAUCAUCCUGGUUCAUUAUUCCUUCCUAACCGGAAAUGUGGAGAAAGUGGGAGCCGAACUUAUGCUGAUAAGGGCCCAGUGCGAAUCCCAUUGCAUUUACCAGCUGGGUUACGACAAUUCUACCAAGAAUUCUAAGCUAAAUGGUCAAGCUAUAUACAAAGGCGCGAGAAUAGAAGAUUUAGAUCUUCGUCGCAAAUGCCAAUACUAUACAGAAUGCUCAGCUUGUUCCAAGCCCUGCACUCAGCCGUUCUCGGAAUUUUCAUCCUGCUUGGAUCAUUGCAAGAGCUUAACAGCUGAUCGCAAAAAGUCUUGCAUGGAUUCGUGCGCCUUCUUGCGGGACAUUAGCAUAAACAAGGUAGGCAAUUGUCCGUCCAUCCAACAAAUGUCGGGAUUCGCUCUGGCUUGCAUAGAGAGUUGCCAAAAGGACAGCGACUGUAACGGGAUCCAAAAGUGCUGUUCUCACAGGUGCGGAAGGACUUGCCAAUAUCCGGAGACUAUUACUGAAGAUGUCCCACCCAAACCACUCUUCACGGCGGUCAACAAAGAGUUAGAAAAAGACGGGGAAGGACGGACCGUUAUACAAUUAUCCUGGACCAUACCAGCUACCUAUUUCCAAACGACGUCCAACAACAACGUCUCCAUAUCUUCCAUCCUUUACGUCGUUCAAAGUCAGCUGAACGUAGAGAGCGAAAAAAAGCCGGCUAACCACCAUUUGUCCGAAUGGAGAGAUAUGGCCAUAACUAACAAUAUGAAAAUCACCAUCAAGGAAUACUUGCCUAGUAGCUGGAUUCGCUUCCGCGUCGCUUCGAUUAACCCCAACGGAACCUUAGGAUUUUCCGAGCCUAGCGGUCCCGUCAUAAUUAAAUCAGGUAUCAACGCGCCGCAAAUGCCGUCCAAUCUGACCAUAGGCGAAUACACUGUCCAAAAAAGUGGCAAGAUCUCCCAAAUCAUACAUUGGAACCACCCGAAGAGCGAUUUACCGGUUAUCAAAUACAAGAUAAUGUGGAGCGGGCAGAACAUUCAACUGAGAAACGCGGGAUCAGCUGACGAAUCCGCCCUCAAGCAAUUCAAGAAAGUCAUUCAAGGGAGUUUGACAUCUAUAGCACUCGAUAACCUGGACCCUGACACCACCUACUUCAUACAAGUGCAGGCAUAUUCUCAGAAAGGCCCUCUCAAGUUUAGGGGAGAAAAAUCGUCCAUAUUCCUAACGACUCCCAACAUAUAUGAUUCAGAUUUCGAUAAUAUCAAAGUCAAAUUACUGGGCAUCAAAAAAUUCCUGACAGAAGACCGACUUCAAUACAUGAAUUCUGCUAGAAGCAAAUUAGCUACUACCACCAUUUCCAACCCCAAAUCGUCUACCGUAGCCUCUUACGAUGAUUCCGCGUAUGAGAAUGAGGAUGGUAUAGACGAGGAAUCGGAAUACUUAGACACCGCAAACCCUGAGGCGUCUACGGCAUCUCUGAAUCAGGCCGCUUCGCCCAUCAAAGAUUCGGACGAAAGUCCCGUUCUCAUAAAGAUCGCUAACAUUACGGUCGGCGAUUCGUUCUAUCAAAACGGGGUUCUUAAAGCUAAAGUCAUCUGGAGGACAAUGAUUUCACCAAAAUCGGGUCCUACUCCCAAAGGCAAAUGGGUUGAAAAGUAUCGCGUCACGUGGCAUCCCCAGGUGUGCAUAGAGGGAGCCUCCCAAGAUAAAAUCACCCUUUCCAAAUCCCCUUAUCCCACCUCUAAAACGCUUACCUCUAAAAUAUCGAAUUACCCUCCGUACAAUUCGCAAACGGACAACAAUAGAUACGCUUUGAAAGAACAGUAUUCCUACGCGGACGCCCCUUAUUUAACGCUGCAGGGCUUGAAAUUCAAAUGCAGAUACGAAAUCAGCAUAACUCCUUACCCUACGUCGCCACCAACGAUGCCGCUCAAAAACGCGGCACUCAAGGCGUUCAAGGCGAAUUUUCAGACCCCGAGUUGCGCCGAAGUGCAAAGCCGAUCCCAAGAUAAAGGCUCCAUCCUGGAUUGCCCCAUAUCCGUACCAGUACCUGCUAAGCCUAGAAAUUUAACGAGCCAUAUAUACCACAUAGAAGGCAACAACAUAACUACCCUGAUUACUUGGAGACCUCCACGAGUUCGAGGCAACCAUCCCGCCCAGAAUAUUCCUAACAAAAUAGACGAUGCCACUUAUGCUGAAAAUAAAGGCCAGGAAGAAUCCAGCGAUCCUAACGUCAUAGGCUAUAGAUUAGUCUUUUACGGGAAGCGUGGCGUUAACAUGAGACUACCUAACUCGGAUUCGAACGCCGAUCAAACUUCGUCUCUCGACAAGAAUAACAAUAUUUUCAUCAAAGUGUUCUCACCGUUUCAGACCUCGUUCUACUUGACGAAUCUAUUGCACGACAGGGACUACGCCGUCGAUAUACAAGCGUUUUCCGAGGCGGGCCCCGGUUCGAUAUCGCACGUGGAAUUUCGGACUCCUAAAAUCGUGGACGAGAAUCGCCUGUAUCACAGCGCGUAUUACGGAGUUUAUCCCCGUCACUAUUCCUCGAGGGAUGAAGGUUCAUCAUCGGUUAACGCUCACUUGCGGAACAGGAAAAGCGGAUUUACCAACUUUAAGGAACCUGGGAGUUCUAACGCUUGGAGAGCCAUCGAGAACGCCGAUUCUCGCCGAAAUUACGAUCCCGAAAAGGACGACGACGCCAGUUAUUAUUCCAAUUACUACAACCGCAAUCUCAGACUCACUUCCCCCCUUUCCAGGAAUUUCUACAAAUUCGGCAAUAAUAACAGUUCCCCGCCUAGAUGUCGCGCAUGCUCAUUCCCUACUUUAUUUUACGCGUUCGUAAUAGUUUUAAUUUUAUCGUAAAACUAUCUCUUCCGUAUUUCGCUUUAUUCAAAUAAAAAAAAAAAUACAAAACUGCCCUCAUUAUAACUUAACGUGGUAAAAAUGAUGGACAUGAAGUCUUUUUUUUUUUGUGAGGCGUUUGAAAAAAAAUAAAUAAAUAAUAUGAGAGGAAUAAUGGCGUUCCUUGUGGUGGAAAAAAAUGUGGAGAAAUUACAGAUGACGUAUGUUCCAAGAUUUGUUUACCCUAAAUAAACGAGAUGGAAAGGGAAGAAAAAUUUUAUUUAUACACAUAUGCAUUCCGAUGAAAUCUUCGCAACAUUCUACAAAAAUAUACUCACUGCUCCACAAAUAACCCUAAUAAUUAAAAAAAAAAU